UCGAAUGGUAUAUGAGACUCAGCCCUCCGGGCCUCAGAAUGUCAGUUUUUGGAACAAUUGCAUAACCUUUCUAUAUGAGAAAAGCAAAAAGUAUAAAAUUUAAUUAGCUUAAUCAGUAUGAGUUCAAUGGUAUCUUCAUGUGAUUAUAUUUUGAAAUGUUGGUGGAAUAGGUUUGGAAGUGUAGGGGGGUUAGUAGAGUGUGAGUGGAGGAUGCGUCAGAAAUACUUCAUCUUAUGUGGAUGAAGGAAAUGCGGGUGUGACGGCGGUCCAAGGGGAGUGAUGAAGGAGGGAGGUGUAAGUGCAAGGCGGGGAGUAAGAUGGCGAAGGAAUAUUCAACUGCAUAUUUUGCCUUCCAUUUGAUUUGAUAAAAUCGGUUCACUCAUCACCGAAGAACGGAAGUAACUUUGAUUGUGGAAUACGCCCGGAAUUCCGGAAUCGUGGAUAGUGGACAAUAUAUUCAAAGAAUGUUUGGUUGGCAAUCAGUGAUCUAGACGUACGAAUUGAAGUAAUGUCUUGACUAUUUCAAUAGUUUUUAGUCAAUUUCAAUUCCAGUGUAACCUUACUAGCCAACCUGUAAUUCCGGAACCAACAUUCCAAGAGUCAGAACCGAUUGAAAGUCAGCAGCAGUCAAUGGUCUUGUAUCUUUUUCAUUUCAAAUCAUGUUUGUAAAAAUCGGUAGAGAAUUCACUGGGGAAUAGGUGUGAUAUUAGCUUAGGAACUUGGCGAGUUCCCCGGGGAUAUCAUGAACCGUCAUUGUUGACUAAUGUGCCCAAAGCUACUUUAAUUGAGCAUUAGUUAUCCAGACCCGCAAACUAUAGUCAUGUUGCAUACAAAUUAAUGCUUUACAUCAUUUGGACAUCAUGGUACCAGUUUAUAUGGGAAUUAGCUGUGUGACCGCACUCUUCAACCCGUAACUCCGGAACCGGAAGUCGGAUCAAUCAAAAAUUCAACAGCAGCUUAUACGACCGUUAUAGCUUAAGAUGAAACUAGGUUUGUGAAAACCGGUUCAUCCAUCUCUGAGAAAAUUGUGAGUUUAAAUAACACACACAUACGUACACACGCAGACGUUUUUCGAUCUCGGCGAAUCGAAUGGUAUAUGACAGCUUCCAGGGCCUCGGUUCAAAAGCCGAUUUUUAGUGAUUGCAUAGCUUUUCUUUAUAUGAGAAAGGCACAAAUGAUCUGUCCAGUGACUAGAGUCUCAUAAAAGGCGUUCCUAAUCAACCGUUUGAUAUUGUUAAUAUUGUUUGUAGAUAAGGGUAUUCAACAUGUAAUAAACAAACAAUUCGUGGAAGCACAAGGGCCACAAGGAUUGGAAAAAGCAGCACAGAUACUGCUCUAUCAGUAAAUGUGUAUAGGUGUCUAGAGUUUCAUCGUAUAUUCAUCUCAGCUGUUCGUCGAGUGCAUUAUCUUUCAUGUUGGUUCUACAGUUCGCGUCGCAACACCAAGUGACUAUUCGCACGAAAGAGAAAAAUUUAUAAAUAAAAGCAAGAACACUCCGAUAAAUCGCUUUUACCUCCGCCUAGCUCCCCUCAGUUGCUAGGGUUUGACGUAAAACAAAAAAAAAGCUGACAUCGCACGUUCGUGCAGAAUCUGUACAGUGGUUCAUCAGUUGUAAGCAAAAUUCGUUUCUGGCAAGCAUUCGUAGCAGCUCGAAGCAUAAUGGUGGGACAGCGAAGAUUUCAGCUCGACGAAAUAACCGUCCUGAAGGCAGGGCACGUGAACAUUCGCGAUCCGGACAAAGUGGAGCACAUGCUGAACGAACUAGUCGCUGGAGGAAUCGAUAAACUGCAGUUGGUGACAGAUUUCGAUUACACAAUAACUAAGCAAAAACUUAGCAGUGGGGAAAAGAUUCUCACAAGUUUCGGAAUGUUUCAUGAAUGCAAAUCGAUACCCGCGAGUGUCCUAAAAGAAUUGGAGAAGUUAUUUGAUAAGUACCGGCCCAUCGAAAUCGAUCCCCACAUGCCACUGGAUGAGAAAAUAGUCUACAUGAUUGAGUGGUGGACUAAGACGGGUGAGCUGCUGAAGGGUUUUCCUCUACCACAGGAAGAAAUUGCAGAAGUAGCCAAGCGGUUCAAGGAAGGUCUGCGCGAUGGAACGCAUCAAAUGUUUAGUGAUCUGAGUAACCUACGCGUACCGUGUCUGGUGUUUUCCGCCGGCCUGGGAGACUCGGUCGUAUCGGUCCUUCGGCAGGCCAAUGUAAUGUACCCGAAUGUAAAGGUGAUCUCAAACUUUCUGCAAUAUGGUGCAGAUGGAAAACUGAACGGAUUACAGGAUAAAAUGAUCCAUACGUUCAACAAGAAUGAAACUGCCCUGAAAGGGACUGAAUAUUAUGAUCUCGUGCACGACCGGGAUCAUGUUAUUGUGAUGGGGGACUCACUAGGAGACGCUGGUAUGGCCGAUGGCAUUCCAACAUCGUCACAUGUGCUCAAAAUUGGAUUUCUGUUUGAUCAUCCCGAACAGAAUCUGCCCCGAUACAUGGACACCUUUGAUAUAGUGCUGAUCGAUGACCAGACAAUGGACGUGCCGCGAGCGAUAUUAGAAAUGGUCAAAAACAAGUCCCAUCAGUAAAAAAUUCUCUGGAUUUGUGUGUUCAACAAAUGUAACAUCAUAACAAAAUCCACCUCUAACAAUCGUUACACAUUUUAUUCUUUUUCUCCAUGACCUCGGAAACCCUAUCCUCUAGCCAAUCAUUAAGAUGUAUGUUUUUUCCUGAAUGGUUUCCUAGCAUAAAUUCUACAUAAAACUAUGUGUAGUCCGUUGAACUUUUCGCUGUGUUGUUUGUCGCUUAAAAUAAAAUAAAUGUUUAUUUAGUUGACCAUA